AUGGCGCAGUGCCUUCUUUCCAUCCAGAAUGGUUCUUUUCGACUCGAGGCACCUGAGCGGGGCUGCCAAACUCAAGACCCCUGGGCUAGAGACUGGAUGAAGUCACAUCUUGACGACAUAUGCCUCGAAACGUUUCAGACAUCUCCUCAGCUACAGCCACAUCACCGCAGCCACGGCAACUUUGGGAGACUGCCCAGGAAGCUCAGGUCACAGUCUCGUCUAGUGAGCCCGGAUGGCGUCGUCGCCAUUGCAAGCCCUCGAAGCUGGUAUUCUCAGUUGACAGGCAAACGUGCCGCUGCCAAUGUGGAACCCGAGCAUCGGGAUUUCCGGAGUCCCCUCUUCACGCUGCCUGUCGAAAUACGACUCUGCAUCUAUCGCCAUCUGCUCAUUACCAAAGGCCUCGCUGUUCUUUGCCCAGACCCGGACGGGUUCCGUGUUCUGCCACGAGAGUACUACGAUGGACCCUUUCGACUAUACCCUGAGAUCCUCGCGACUUGUCGUCAGAUCAACCGAGAAGGCACUUCGAUCCUAUACUCGGAGAAUGUGUUUCGACGGGAAUUUCUCUGGAGACGCACUUGGAUCAAAACUGGACGCAAGCCUUUCCCGCGCUUCGAAAGCUCUCCGCUCAAAGAGGCCAAUCUGCAGUGCAUCUCACGGAUUCGCAUCUUCCGAACCUACCACCAAUGGUUCCGUGAUGGAAGCCUCAAAGUCUUGCACGACUUUCCAAACUUGAGGGAGUUGCAGGUGCACAUUGACGACAACGACAUCUGGGGCGACCUUAACCCGGAUAGUCACUGGAAGGAUAGCAUGAGGGCCAUCAACCGUUACCGCCCCGACUUGGCCUGCGUCAAGACCCAGAUCAGACUCUCCUUUGACCGACGCUAUCGCGAUUGGUGUGAUCGCUGCACGAACAGACGCCUUGACUUCAGUGUGCAUAGGAUCAAGAAGGAUGAGCUUGAGCGGUGGAUACGAAGCGAGAGCUUGUUUGCUGGCCGGGACCUGGUUUGGUCUUUUAGCACACAGACUUCUGAGUAUUGUGGACCGUCUUGCAUAGUUGCACUCACCGUUGAUAGCAACCGCAGGGGGACGGAUACCAUCGAGUGUCGCAUUGAAGGAGACGAGGACACCGAGUACACUACAGAGCCAGCCUACCUUGACAAGGAGGUCUAG